CUUCCUUUACCACUUCCUUCUCAGAAAGAAAUGAUGUCUGCUCAGCUUAACCCUUCAAGUUUGAAAAUUUUAGAAAAUAGACUUGUAAGCAAUUGUAAUCAAUGGAUCUUGGGAACAGUCUGGUGUAAAGGUAUGCUCUAUCUAUCCUGAAAUUAUACACUAUGGACUGUGUAGUAAUCCUAUAUGUAAACACUGAGUAGUGAAAGAUCUCAUUUGCUGUACUUGAAACUUGAAACUUUGGGGACUGUUUUCCCUUUCAUAUAGUUUUGCAGCUACUGGAGUUACCCCUGCUUUAUCCUGAGCAGAUAUCAUGCAAUUUUCUGGAGUUUCUCUGCACCUGACACCAAAGCUACUAUGUUGUUUUAUGUAAUUCUGUUUAAUUUCAUCUCUGAAAUUCAUCCAGUAAAUUGUUCGGAUUAAAAGGUUUGAUUUGAAUGGUUCGAUAUGUCUCUGUCUAGAUAAUGUGGUUUUACACUUUGAUUUGUUUCAUUAUAGAAUGCCUAAUGCCAUCUGUCCAUUUCAAAUGGAUCCAGACUUGCAGGAGGCUUUCAAUGACGUUCAGAAUUCCGUCUACAGAACAGCCCUGAAACUACGCGCAGUACAAAGUCUGUGCCAGUUGGAUUUGAUUGAUGUUUCUCUGAUUCAGCACAUCUUGUCAAGUGAACAGAGCCAGAAGGAAAAGCAGAUUUCUCUGAAAGUGCAGCAGCUCUUUGGAAUGCUGAAGGAACUGCUCCAAAGGGCAAGAUUAGAAAAACCAGGCCAGGUAGAUCCAAGAGCUGCCAAAUUCACACUGAGCCUACUAAAAGCCAUGUAUGACAGAUCUGGAACGGGUUAUAUCAAAACUAGAUCUGUUGCAGCUGCCUGAAUUGCUCUUUCAGGAGACACUCUGCUUGCUAAAUACAGAGCUUUCUUUGAGUUUUAUGCUGUUCCUGACGGGAAGAAGUCCUUGAUUACCCGUAGUGCCCUAAGAAGCCUGCUAACAGACUUAAAUCAGAUCCCAGCCAUUGUGGGAGAAAGCUGCACUCUGUCUUGUGUGGAAAUUGCUACUCACAGCUGUUUCCAAGGUGUUCUGAAUUCAGCAAUUGUUGAAGAAAAAUUCUUGUCUUGGCUGAGAUCGGAGCCUGCUCUUCUGCUGUGGCUCCCUACAUGUUACAGAUUAUCAGCUUCAGAAACAGUUUCUCACCAGGUUAGACGCAGAGUCUGCAAGAAUUUCCCCAUUACAGGCUUCAGGUAUCGCUGUUUGAAGUGCCUGAAUUUUGACCUUUGCCAAGUCUGCUUUUUCACUGGCUGUCUCCACAAACCACAUAAGAGGUCACAUCCUGUUGUGGAACACUGUGUGCAGAUGUCAGCAAAGGCGAGUGCAAAGCACUUUCUCCGCACUGUCAGGAACAACCUGCUUCAAGACCGUUGCAGAAGAAAGGAGGCUCAGAGAAGGAGGGCUCUGGAGAUAACAGAGGAGAGGCAGUUCCCUACUCACAAAAAGAUUGUUCCCCUUGCAGAACUCACUACUUCACCAUUCCCUGAAAACCUGUCUCUCACAGUGGACAGACCUGUGUUGGAGUCACCCACGUUCGUAUCUGAAAACAGAACUGUAACACACAAGAGUAAGAAUAACAGUGAGAUGCCAGAACAAGACAAGACAAAAGUUCAGGCAAUAGCCUCUUUUGAAGCAGAUAUGUUAAAAAUGCAUGAUUCCAUCAAAAGUAUUCAAAAUGAAAGCAGGUACAUGAAGAAGCAAUUCAAUAAAUGGAAGGACAAAGUGCAAUUUCUUCACAGCUGCCAGGAAGACAAAAGCUGCAAAAUAGAGACAACACUCCAAAGCUUGAGAGCAAGCCAUGAAAACUUGCAAAUGGAGCUGCAGCAAAUAAAGCAAGAUAUAAAGACAAUGUUACAGUCAACCACACAUCCUUCUUUUUCACUGUGUCAGAAUGCGAUGCCAAGAAAUCAGCAUGUCCUUCUGGAAAGGAAAGUGCAGGGUGGAUUAAAUCUUGCCCAAAUAAAGCCCAUUUCUAGAACAUGUGCAGACUGGAAAGCUUUGAAUCACCCCAACUCUGAAAAUAGAAUGCAGCUUUUAGAGACACCUGAGGUUCCUGCUACAAAGAACUUUAUAUUCUCAGAAGACCCAGUGAAGUCAGUGACCCCACAGAGUGAUGGACUUUUUAUUGGACAGCGUAAAAAAGCAAAAGAGAAUCAAACUUAUCUUCCUGAAUUGAUGGAAAACUCCUGCAGUGGCAUUGUGGGGAAUACAGCUGUUACUCCCAGUGCAAUACAGAUACCACCUGAUGAGAAGGAAGUCAGUGAGGAAGUGGAACUGCAGCAGCUAGUGAUGAAAUUGAAGGAUGCAUUGUCUCUUCAAGCCCAACCAGCUCAACAGUCAUCUUUGAAGCAGGAUUUCUUCUCUGCAGCAGAACGUGUUUGCAGAUCCUUCUCUGACCUCAUCAACCAAAUAACUGCCAGCUUGGAAGUGAUGGAAACUGCCAUUCACCUUACAGCUCCUCUGAACUAUUGAAGGUAACUAAAGCCAUGUCAGACACUUCAAAGUAUCUCAAAUAAUGCACUGUAAUAACUAAUCAUAACAGAUUUCUGCAUUUACUGAUUUCACCAGGAACCGUAAAAAGUGUUAGAGAAUAAGGUUCCCUUUCUAUUAGCGUUUUCUAGCUCAUGUGUAGUAGAUAUAGGGGCAACUCAUUAAAAAAAAAAAAAAGUAUGUCUUCAUUAAUGCUACACUGGCAUUCACAACUGUCCUGUACUCUUUUUUCACUGCUAUUUAACUGAUAAUGGCUUGUAUUUCAGAAACAUUUUUUUUCUAUAAGAGACGGCUUGAGUCAGUUGAUUUCAAUGCUGUAUUUUCUAUCACGUCACUUUUUCUUAGUCUGACUGGAAGGAAUAAAUUCUUAACUAUCAGAUUUCUCAAUACUUGAU